AGGAAUAAAAGUCUGAGAGACUAGAGUAGCUUUAGCAAACAGUACACACCACACCACGCACCCACUCCCCUGCUGCACAAUGUUCGACGCAGGUGCAAUCUACCCCCCUCACGCGCCCAUGAGCUCGUUUGGCUGGCUGAAGGACUCGACAAAGGUGUACGGCAUUGUCACUCACCAGGACGUCGAUGCCGCCUUUAGCUCUGAUCAAUCGGUGGAUCCCGACUACCGCGUCCGUGUGAUCCACACUUACCUCGACACCAAGUUUCAGCGGUACGGCAACAAGCUCUACCUCGGGCCCAAGCUCGAGCUGCUCGAGAUCAAGUACCCGCACUUUGCCGACACGUUCCACGCUGCGCGGCACGCGUGGCGGCUCGCGCCGUCGAGCAUCCUCGCCCCAGAGCCAGUACACACCAUCGAGGCGGUCGAGCUGCGCGACGACACGUCGCUCGAGAGCCUCGACUACGAGCUCGAGCACGUCGAGAGCAACCCGUUCCCGCUCGACCUGCUCGAGGACGGCCUCACGCAGCCGCUGUCGCCCGCCACGUCCAACGCGUCGUCGACAGCAUCCUCGCCAACAGGCUCGUCACCAUCACGGAGCGGCGGCUUCCUGCGGCACCUGGCAUACGACCUCCCCGUCGCCCAGGCGCACCACGACGCCGUCCCCCACCUCCGCGCACCCGACCCCAUGACGAGCGCGAUCGUCACUGGCCUGCCGCUGGCCGGAGCCGGCGGCCGCCGGCGCUCGAGCCUCAUGACCCGGCUGUCGGCCCUCCGCGCCAAGCACGACGAGCACGAAGGCCAAGCAUGAUAGUGCUUGAUGCCCGAGCGCACGCGUCCGUGCCGAGCCGAGCCAACGCGUGCUGGUGUUUGAUGGUGCCGAUCGUGUCGACGGCGUCGUUUCAGAAUGGUCGCGCGUCGACUCGCGCCGUCGACAAGACGACGUAAAGUCGCCCAAGUCGUCUUGACGUAAAGACUGGCAAUAAGAGGCCCGUCACGCCGAGCCAAGUGUGAGACUUAUGAAGGCGGCGCCGGGUGCUGCUGCAGCAUCAAGAAACACUAGGCAGUUAGGCAGUUUCUAAACUGAGCCACCCUGCCACCCCUCCAUUGCCUAGUGAUGAAAUGAAGCUUGUAGCUUGUAGCUUAACUGGGCCCCGACCACGUUGUAUUGUUACCAGGGUAUUGCCGUCCACAGGGACAGACUUGUUGUACCCUAUGCAUAGA